AUGGUGCAUGUUAAUGAUUUGAAGAUAAGGAAACCGCACACUCUACAUGCACGGCGACCGAAGGAGGAUGUUCGCGGCAAGACCACCAAUCCCUCAUCUUCCACUCCUCAUGAGGAGGUAACAAAGGAAGGUUCUAGGUAUGUUCAUAAUACUAUUGCUAAAUUGGUAACAAGAAUAUUGAAUGAAGAUCAUGAGGUUCCUGGGAUAUCUGUCCCUCUGAACUCUGUAAUGCCUGACCCUCCAAAAGAUUCUGGUGUGAAUCAAGAUGGUAGUUCUCUGAAGGAAACUGAAGAUGUUCCAAUGGCUGAAGCUGGCUGUGAUGUUAAUGCUGGUAAUAUUGGUGGUGGUACAGGUGCUUCUAGUACAGAUGCUACUAUUGUGGAGGUUGACAACAUAUCUGAUGUUGAGCUGAUUGCCUCUGUUAGUCCGAGCAUAGCCAAGAGGCUUAUGACAAGGAGGAAAGGGAAGGCAGUCAUGCAUAGUUCCCCUAAGAAGAAGACUGCUGUGAAUAGUCCUAUCAAGAAGAAGGAUGUGGUUGGAAGUCUUGUCAAGAAGAAGGCUGUGCCCAAGAGCACAUCUGUUGGGCCAACAAAAUCUUGGAGCAAAGUUGUGCCUAAUAAGAGGAAGGCUAUUGUUCUUAAUGAGACUGAUUCUGAUGUCCCAAGCGAUGUCCCAGAUAUCCCUUGCAGGAAGAAACCCUCUUCCAGCAAGCUGGCUGCAAGUGUUCCAGAUGUUCCUAUUGAUAAUAUAUCCUUUCACUUUCCCUCAAGUGUGAACAGGUGGAAGUAUGUGUUCCAGAAGAGGCUGGCCCUAGAGAGGGAACUUGUAAAGAAUGCGCUGAAGUGUAAGGAAGUAAUGGAGUUGAUCCACCAUGCAGGACUAAUGAAGACUGUGUCCAAUUUCUAUAAGUGCUAUGAGAUCCUGGUGAAGGAAUUCAUAGUCAACCUCUCUGAAGAUUGUGCGGAUGCUCAGUCUAAGCUUGAAGUGACUGACAACCAAGUGUGUCAGGUGAUAACGGCCAAGCAGGUAAAGAACUGGCCUUUGAGGGAAAAACUGUCAACUGGGAAGCUCAGUGUGAAGUAUGCAAUGUUGCAUAAAAUUGGAGCUGCUAACUGGGUGCCAACAAAUCAUAAAUCUACAAUUUCAAUUGUUCUUGGAAGAUUCAUUUAUGUUGUGGGAACCAAAUCCAGUUUUGACAAUGGAACCCGUGUCUCUGAUGUUGCCAUGACAUCCGUUGGGACAUCCAAGGAAAAAGCUCCAACAGGGAAAGCUGCAGUAAUCGCCACUCUUAAGGAAACAUGCCAAGAGCUGGAGUCCAGAAAGUUGACUCUAGAGAAGCUUAUUCACAGGCUUGAGAUGGAAGAAGAUACUGAGCAUGCUGAGGAAGAUGAACCUCAAGUUGGUCAGGAUGCUGAAGCUGAUGAAUCAGAUGCAGAAGUGGAAUCUGAAGAAAGUGCAGAUGGUGGUUCUGGUGGAGAGGAUCUUGGAUCUGAAUCUAAUUAG